AUGAAGCGUGCGAGGGAUGACGUGCUGCAUGUCUACAAUGCAGUCUCUGGCGAGGAGUGGGCCACAGUGAGCACCGAUGAGUUUCCCACUGUGCGCAGCUUGAAGCAGCAUCUGGAAGGUCUUUGCGGUGUGCCAAGAUUCCGACAACGACUCCUCCUUGGAGAGACGACACUGCAGGAUGACGCGAUGCUGGGCUCCGGUGAUCUACGACUCGUUCUCCAGGCCUUCGCGAAAACCUCGAAGAGACAGGCGAACGAGCUCGCCAGCUCCGUAGAGCAAGGCUCGAUACAACGGGUGGAAGAGAUACUCCAACGGCCGCAGGAUCCGGACCUCACCGACCAAGAUGGAAGGACGCCUCUUUACAUUGCUGCCCUCAAAGGAAAUCGAUCGAUCGUGCAGCUGCUGCUGGAGGCCCGGGCCAGCGUUGAGAAGAAGUGCGCAAUCAAAACACGACGGCACGGUCCGUCUCGCGCACGAUCAGCUCUUGGUGCUGCCGCCCUAGGAGGUCACGAAGAUGUCGCCCGCCUCCUCUUGCAAGCCGUGGCAAACCCGAACAAGGUCGGCGGCCGCGUGUUGGGAUCUGCUUGA